CUCGAAUAAAACAAGAGCUGCUUGGACGACUACAAUCAAAACGCUGCGGGAGCUACCGAGGAAGUAUUACACAAAAAUAUUUAUUUCCCCCGCUGUUAUUAGCGUUUGUGGAGUGCUUGUUGAUGUCGAGAACUUUGUAGUCAUUCUUCAGGUGUUUAGAAUUUUUAACGAAAAUGCUUUGAACCUGGCGAGCUGGUUGCUACCUCAGUUUCAACAAAGCUGCCUAUCGCAACAAUGCAACAAAGCCUGGUUUCGUUUACGUGUUUAUGUUGUGCGUGAACUUGAGCGUGAAAAAAGAGAAAGUGCGAUAAACUUAAUGAAUGUUUGAUUUACUUUUAGUUGAGCGUUUGCUUUAUUUUUGUGCAGGACGGGCCCUUAGAUUGUGGGGAAAUGUGCAAUGCAGUUGGCCAAGUCUACAGCAAUUCUGACUGGCGAGCGAGCGAGCUCCCCUCUGCGCGCCAUCUUUAGAUGUGGGGAGUGUGUGUUUCACAGAGGGUAUGGGUGUGUGUGGCGUGUGUUUUACGCGGAUGAGUGUCGAAGGAGUGCGUUUUACGCCGCCCAUGGUUUUACACCGAGCAGGAACGAGUGUGUGAGGUCAGAGGUCAGGCCCUGAGAUGGGAUGCGUGUACCCCCAGCGGAGGACCGAGCCCAAAGAGAGACGCGCCGCUUGCUGAGGAGACGCCGAGUCCAGCCCCUUCCCCUCCCCCACCCCUCCUCUCCCCCUCCCUCCCACGGAGAGAGCCGCAGCCUGCCCCGCCCGCCCCCCAGCCCUGCCAGUCAUGUCUGUGGCCACGCCCACCAUCCAGGCCCCGCCUCCGGGCGUCAACCCCCCUCCCCCCGAGGUCACGAACCCCGGAAAGCCUGGGAGGAAGACCAACCAGCUGCAGUACAUGCAGAACGUGGUGAUGAAGACCAUCUGGAGGCACCAGUUCGCCUGGCCCUUCUACCAGCCCGUUGACGCCAUCAAACUUAGCCUCCCGGACUAUCACAAAAUCAUCAAGAGCCCCAUGGAUAUGGGCACCAUAAAGAAGAGACUGGAGAACAACUACUACUGGAGCGCCAGCGAGUGCAUGCAGGAUUUCAACACCAUGUUCACCAACUGCUACAUCUACAACAAGCCCACGGAUGACAUCGUGCUCAUGGCCCAGGCCCUGGAGAAGAUCUUCCUGCAGAAAGUUGCCCUGAUGCCCCAGGAGGAGGUGGAGCUGUUGCCCCCUGCCCCCAAGGGUAAGGGGCGGAAGCCCUCCGGCCCCCCUGACCCAGGAGGUCAGCAGGAGCUGUCUGUCUCCUCGCCGUCACCUCCUCCUCCCCCCUUCUCCAGCCCCACCCCCCCGCUGCCCCAGACCCCGCCCAUCGCCUCUACUCCAGUCCCUACCAUCACCUCAAACAUCCCCGCCCUACAGGCCCCGCCCACCGCUCCGCCCACCGCUCCGCCCACCGCUCCGCCCACCGCUCCGCCCAUCAUGCCUGUGGUUCCCCCUGUGCCGCCCGUCAUCAAGCAGAAGAAGGGUGUAAAGCGGAAAGCGGACACCACCACCCCUACCACCUCGGCCAUCACGGCCAGCCGCGGCGAGUCCCCGCCCCCCGUCCUGGAGCCCAAGCAGGGCAAGGCGGCGUCCCGGCGGGAGGGCACGGGCCGGCCCGUGAAGCCCCCCAAAAAGGCCCUGGAGGACGGGGAGCUGGCCCUGCUCGGCGCCGGCAUGGCGGGCGCGGCGGGGAAGAAGGGCCGGCUGACGGAGCACCUGCGCUACUGCGACAGCAUCCUGCGCGAGAUGCUCUCCAAGAAGCACGCCGCCUACGCCUGGCCCUUCUACAAACCCGUGGACGCCCCGGCCCUGGAGCUGCACGACUACCACGAGAUCAUCAAGCACCCCAUGGACCUCAGCACCGUCAAAAAAAAGAUGGAUGAGCGUCAGUACCUGGAGGCGCAGAGCUUUGCGGCGGACGUGCGGCUGAUGUUCUCAAACUGCUACAAGUACAACCCGCCAGAUCACGAGGUCGUUGCCAUGGCCCGGAAACUCCAGGACGUCUUCGAGAUGCGGUUCGCCAAGAUGCCGGACGAGCCGGCCUCACCCAGCCCGGCGCUGGCCGCGCCCGCGGGGGGCGUGGGUAAGAGCAGCGGGAGCAGCGGCGACUCGUCCAGCUGCUCCAGCUCCGACUCGGAGGAGGAGCGGGCCACCAGGCUCGCCGAGCUGCAGGAACAGGUGGGUUCCGCACAGCGUGUCUCUGUGGAGCACCCCAAGGGUAACGGGUGCGCAGAACGUUUUCAGCUGAAGGCUGUCCACGAGCAGUUGGCCGCUCUGUCCCAGGGCCCGGUAAGUAAACCAAAGAAGAAGAAAGAGAAGGAGAAGAAGAAGAAAGAGAAGGACAAAGAAAAGCACAAAGUGAAGGCCGAGGAGGAGAAGAAGACCAAGCAGCAGGUUGCCGUGGUGACAAAGCAGCCAGCCGCCGCCAAGAAGCCCCCAGCCCGGAAGGCUAACAGCACCGUCCCCCCAGCCAGGCAGCCAAAGAAGGGGGCGAAGGGAGCCGGAGGCGAGUCGGAGGAGGACCAGCCCCUGCCCAUGACGUACGACGAGAAGCGGCAGCUCAGCCUGGACAUCAACCGCCUGCCCGGCGAGAAGCUGGGCCGCGUGGUGCACAUCAUCCAAUCACGCGAGCCCUCGCUGCGCGACUCCAACCCCGACGAGAUCGAGAUCGACUUCGAGACGCUCAAGCCCUCCACGCUGCGCGAGCUGGAGCGAUACGUCAAGUCCUGUUUACAGAAGAAGCAGCGCAAACCACUCCAGAAGGGAUCCUCGGCGACAGGGGGCACCUCCCGGCUCAGUGGGACCAGCAGCUCCUCGGACUCGGGAAGCAGCAGCUCCAGUGGGUCCAGUUCAGACAGCUCCGACUCCGACUGAGCCAGCACCGACGCCAGCGGCGUCCUUUCACUUCCUGUUUUUUUUUCUUUUUUCUUUUUUUUUUUUUUUUAAAUCUCUUUUUGGUUUUUCAUUUUUAAACAAACGUUGUAUGCAGGUGUGGUUGUUUUCCUUCUGAGACUUAUGUUUUAUAUAAAAGUACAAUAAACAAAUAAAAAAAUUUAAAAAACCAAGUAACGCCGCGCCAAAGAACAUUUAACGUUUUAAAAUGUUUUGGUGGAGGAACAGGAAUGGGGAGGAGCCUAAUUUGACUCGACAGGGUCAUGGGAAUUUAUCUGACUUUCGAGGAGAGCGGUCAGAUAUCAAGAGAACAAAGGUUCUUUAAAAAGAAUAAACGCAUUUAAAGAUUCUUCAACUGGAUGAGUGAAAGGAAUGUUUUCUUUUUUUGGGAUGGCCUUGCCCAGUGAAUAAAUCUUGGAAAAGUUAUUGAUCAAUACAGCGUCUGUGUUCAGCUUUCUGAAAGAAUUUGGCGAAGUUGUGAUUCAGUGGAAGAAUCGUCACUGCAACGUCACCUGGACCCAACCCCUCAGGAGAUAAAAAUACUUAAAUUGACUCUCUUGCGCCCCCGUGGAUCACGUCACGUGACCUACGCAAACCUCAUGACAUUCCUCAAGCAUCCCGUCUGUGCAUAUUUAUGCAUCAAUCCAUUUUUUAUUUAUUUGACAUCUCUAAAAAGACCAUGGUUAUAAUUUGCUGGGGGAAAAAAACGAAUUUAGCAUGUGGCCCACAAAGAAUGUCAAUUUUGGCUCCACUCUGCAGAGAUCCAGCCCUGCUCUUUUCAGCGCUUUCUUAUGGAGCGUUGGAGUUGAAUAGUGAGAAUCAACGCUCGAUUUCACCCAAAACGAGUUAUCGAGGAGGCACAGGUCACCUCAAGUGAUUAGUAAAGGAACAAUGAGCGACAUCAGUACGGUGGUUUGGAGGGGGGCCAAAAGUUAUUCCCACACUGGUUUCAGGUAAUUCACUUUUCAGCCACCCCCCCCCCCCCCCCCCCCGUCAACACCAUACAUGGUGACCAACAUUCUGUUUGACCAUGGAUAUUUAUAACGGAUUGGUGGCUGUAAUAUCAGAUUUCCGUGGCAUAGCAAAUGUCGCAUGUAGAGAUUUUCACGUGUGUGUGUGUUAGAAUGUAUUUGAGCUGUUUGCGUUCUGUUCAAAUGAUGUUUGGGUAUAUCGGUGUUCAUUUUUGGGAAGGGGAGGGUGGCUUUGAGUGUUUGCCAAUUUAUGAUCUUGUAAGACAAUGCAGUAUUUGUGUUUGAAUGCAAAUGUAAAGCGAUUCCUCUCCGCCAAAUGUCUGUAUGUUACCAGAAGAUCAUUGUUGUAUACAUUUAUUUUUGGGGGAAUGUGACUGAACAUUUAUCUUGUAGAAUUGAGUGCUGUUUUAAGGUUUCCUGAGAAGCUGUGUGUCGUUCGCUCCGUUUCAGCUUGUGGAAGCUCAUUGGACAUGUUGCCGGUGUUGCUUUAAAACGGUUGGCUCCCAUUUUGUUUUUAUUUUCUUACCACCUAAGAGUAAGGUAAACUGCCGUGCAUUAUCACUAAACUGGAUGGUGCGAUUGGCCCGUGUGCUUGUGUUCUGUGUGUGUUACCACACGUUUGGUCUACCCCUGGCCACCAUCAGAUCUCCUAAUCUCAUUGAUGAAUGUAUGAAGUUAUUAAUUAUACAGUCGCUUUGCAGCUGCUGAGGAAAUUGUUCUCGUCGACGGUUUGAGGGAACUGCCAAAUUUAAUAGAAAGCAGUGUUAAUUUGUUAAAUGAUCAAGGUGAUACUUGGACCACAGGCAUGUCCUGCCUAGAAAUGCAGGGAUGAUGUUGCAAAAUGGUUGACUGUUCACGGACCUCUCAAACAGGACGUGAAUGCAAGUCCAUUACAUUGCGGUUACCGCUUUAUGUGAAACGUGAAAGCAAAUCAGUUGUGACGAGGGUAAUAUCACCGAGUCUUCCUCUCAAGGGAUAUUUUUUUAAUGUACUUGUCCUUGCUAAAUGUCAGAUAUAGCUUCUUAAUUACAUCUCGUGAUUGGGUUUAAAUUUAUUAUUUUCUUCUUUUUUCCUUGCUGAAACCAGUUGCUACCUUGGUUUGCCAUGUAAAGCUAAAUCUGUAUAAAAAUGCUCAAGGGGAUGCGUGUUGGGUUAGCUGUUGUCAUGGUAACGAGUCUUUGAGCAGUGACAAACUGCAGAGCCCCAAGUUAAAUCAGAAGUGCAUUUCUCCAUCGCAUUAACGCUUUCCCCUGUACAGCACCCUGAUGGGUUGUCCUUUGAAUGAUGUCACAAGAGUUGAAUGAUAGAAGAUGAUUAUAUAUAAAUAUUAUAUAUAAAUAUAUAUAUUCGCCACUUUUUUUGUUUUGUUUUUCGUUUAUUUUAGGCCCCUAUCAAAAUGCUAUUAUAGUUCAUUUUAUAUUGGAAAAAAAAAUAAAAAAACAAAAGUUUACUUUUUAUGUAUGAUGUG